GUUGGUUCAACAAUUUAUAGGUUUAUAAUGGCUAUGUCCAAUCAAGAAAAAGAAAAGGAACGCCUUGAUGUGUCUUGCUUCUGUGAGGCCAUAUGUAGUACAGCUGAAUUUGAGUGUCGACUGGAAGACAUCCUAGACAAGAAGGCCGCUGAGGCAAAGUGGCCAGUUUGGAAAAUGAAAAUAAAAAGAGAAAAUAAGGAAGAGAAGAGAUUAGAAAACGAUGGAAGUAUGAAUAUAGAAGAAAAGAGAUCAGAAAAGGAUGGAAGUAUGAAUAAAAAAGAAAAGAGAUCAGAAAACGAUGAAAGUAUGAAUAUAGAAGAAAAGAAGCCGGAAGUGGGUGUUGACAUAUCAACAGAGGAAAGACGGGAACUGAUAAUAACAAAGAUCCACCAGCAGAGAAUUGGAGAGAAUCCAUUGAAGAAUGCAGUCGGUCAUGUUGAUAAGGAUCCAGUCCAGAAUUCGGAAUCUAAAAGACCAAUUAAUGACAAAGAAACGACGAAGGACGAAAACAAAAGGAAAAGAGAAAUGAAGAAAUAUGAAAAAUUACUGGAGAAAAAAGCCAAAGAAGAAGAAAAGAAUGUAAAAGCCCAAUAUAAAGCAAUCGACAAGGGUAUUAAAAUAUACUCAAAAGAUGUCAAGUCAACAAUGAAGAAGGAAGAAAAGAGGAAAGCACAGAUGAAAAAGAUGGGUGAAAAGGCACAAAGGAUGUUGGAAAAAGAAAUGAGGAAGAUCGAGAAAGAAAGAUUAAAAGACGAAAAGAAGAAAAUAAUUGAUGUUGUUCAGGAAAAACAAAAUGAUUUAAAAAUAGUAAACACAAAUGAGGAGACUGAGAAUAACGAAGACGAAAACAAGAAAAAGGACCAAACUAUCAAUAUUGAUGGGGAAACACAAAAUCGUUCAGAGAAGACACAGAAAGAGGCAGAUAUGAUUAAAGAAAAGAAAAAUAACUACGAUGUCAUCGAAAAGAAUGAAAGAAAAGAAAAUGACAUAAAAGACGCAAAAGACAUUGAAAUGAGUACGUGUGUACACAAGGCCGGAAAGAAAACCACAUUUGUUGCAAGAAUCAGUGGAUUCUUCCGUUCCUUAUCGUGCAUGAAAGGACAAAAGAAAAGCAAAGAUGUGUGUUAAUGAACUGUUAUUAUUAUUAUAUUUUUUUACGUUUCAUUUUCUUAAUA